AGUAUCAACGCAUAAAUGAAACACUAUUUAUGAGUGAAUACCACUCGUGAAUACAUGCAUAUACAAUAUAUGUCGAUGGUGAAUACAAACGUUUCUCCAGUCUGACGUGAUGUAAACGACACCGGAAACGUGGAGAGAUAAACAUCUUGUUUCAAGUCACACAUCUUUGUUUAGAUAAUAAAAGCCUCGUGAAACCAUCGCGUGAAACGAAGAGUUGGUUUCUAUGGAAACGUCCAGAUUAAACGUACACCGCGACAAUUCAGUUAAGACAAACAGCGAUAAAGGUGCAAACACCCUUUAAGCGAUUUUUUUUGUAAAAUACAUUUUCCCGUACUAAUGGACUCACAUGAGACCAACAACCAACCGCAUGGAGCCAAGCAGAGUUCAUGUACAGCUGCAUCAGAGGAGAGGCUGGAGGAGACCAAGAGAAAAAUAACCACCACCAGUUUGAGUGGAAAUCAUCAUCCAAACAAUGGGAGUCCCUUUCAACACCCAGACCAGCUGGGGAUUCUCAUCAUUCAGAAUAAAGUCGCUGAGCAUUGCAGAAAUGGGAAAGCGGCGAUGGAAAAGCACCAGUAUGAGAGAGCUGUCAUCUGCUUCUCCAACGCUGUCUCUCUACAGCCAGAGCAGGCUGAGCUGUACGUGAACCAAGGGGAAGCCUAUCUCCAGAUGUGUGACUUCCAGUCAGCAGCUGCAUGUUUUAACCAAGCCUCUUUCAUGGAGCCUGGAGUCUUUGGAGACCGCUUGGCCAUCAUCUACGAUCUCCAGGGCCAGCGUUUGUUUGACCGCGGCCUUUUCCUCGACGCCAUGGAGGCUUUCAGCAAAGCUGCUGAAGUGAAACCUGAAUGCAAGACUUACAAAAUCAGAAGUUGGGCCUGUCUGUUAGCUGCAGGUUGCCACGGCGACUGUCUGAAGCAGCUGGAUGAAUUCAUCACAGAAAGUCCUUCUGCAGAUCUUCAUGUCUUCAGAGCCCGAGUGCACAAGCAGAUGAAUGAGGUGUCUCUCUGUACUGAAGAUCUAAAGGCGGCUCUGAUGUUGGAGCCGGGGUGUCGAGAGGCUGAAGCUCUGCUGCUGCAGCUGAAGGAGGCCAGUGAAGACGCCCGACAGCAGGCUGUGGUCAGAAGCUUAUCUGGACACCUGCAGGAGGCCCUCUGUCUGAUCAACACCGCUCUGGAGACCAGCCCCAGGGACGGACGUCUCUACCUGUUCAGAGGAACGUUGUACAGACGCCUGAAGGACUUCACAUCAUCCAUUGAGGAUCUGGCGGUGGCUGCAGAGCUCAGCCAUGAGGAGCAGGUCAGGAUGGAGGUCACAGGUCAAACAGGAGCCAGGGACCAGAGUCCUUCUCUCCAAGAGGAAGCACAGACCCAGCUGGCCAUCACCUACAACGACUUUGCCGUCCAGUGCUUCGGCAGAGGCCUCUACGCCGAGGCGACUCUGCUGCUGAACAAGGCGGUCGGAGAGGAGAAGAGUCUGGCUGCUCUGUACCUGAACAGAGGAGACUGCUUCUUUAAGCAGGGUGAGUGGACGUACGCUCUGCUUGACUACCAACAGGCGGAGGAGAUGUUGCCCCCCGACACGCCGGCUGUGCGGCGCCGCCUCGCCGUCGCCUACAACACGUUGGGCUUGUCGUGCUUCCAGGACGGGUCCUCCCAGAAGGCGGUGGAUUUGUUUACACUGGCUAUAAAGUACAACCCCACCAUCGGCCAGUACUACGAGAACAGGUCCAAGGCCUUUCGCUGGAUUCCCAACGUGAGGGAAUCGAGAGAGGAUUUGAUCCGUCUGCUGAUCCUGGAUCCCAGUAACAAGGAGGUACCCCCUAUGUUCAUGGGCCUGUUUCCUGGCUGCAGCAUAUCCAGAGUACUAUCCAGCUCAAAGGGAAAAGCGAUCCGAGUCGAGCUGAUGGAAACCACCCAGACCUGGAAUUCUUCCUCUGAUCCAUCAUGGUUGAGUGGAAGCAUCCUGAAGACGACUGACUGACGACACGAGUCAAACACAGAACCUGACUGAAACUCAGAUCCUGGGGAAGGAGCCAGAUGAGUCACCUGCUGCUAAACAACCAUCACUGCAUCACGACAGGCACCACACCCACCUCCCAGCACCACCCGCAUCCACCGGACCACCUUCAGGGGCUCCUGAGUGUUUAGCAUCCACGUCUCAGCAGUGAAAAAUUAAAGUUCUUAUUUGCC